AUGUCCAAACACAGGCUCGUCAAUACAGCUGCCAAAGGUGCUUUCAAAGACAUUUCCAUAUACUUCUCCAAGGAAGAAUGGGCAGAGAUGGGAGAAUGGGAAAAAAUCUGAUAUGGGAAUGUGAAAAGGAACUGUGAAGCGCUAAUUGCUAUAGGUUUCAGAGCCACUCGACCAGCUUUCAUGCAUCACCGCAGGCAGGUCAUCAAACCCCAGGGAAAUGAUACUGAGGAUUCUGAUGAAGAAUGGACACCAUGGCAGCAAGGUAAACCUUCUAGGAAGGCCUUCAGAGUGGAGCACAGAAAACACCAAAAGGGAAAGUCCAGGGGACCAUUAAGUAAGGCGUCCAGUUUGAAGAAAUUGCCAGGAGCAGCAAAAUUGCUGAAGAAAAGUGGCUCCAAGUGGGCUCAGGAACCAGUGAACCCUCCCCGAGAAACAAGGACCCCUGGACAGCACUCCAGACAAAAAGUCGAACUCGGAAGAAAGGAGACUGACAUGAAGAGGUACAGUCUGCGAGAAAGAAAGGGCCAUGUGUACCAAGAGGUCAGCGAGCCCCAGGAUGAUGACUACCUCUAUUGUCAGGAGUGUCAGAACUUCUUCAUUAACAGCUGUGAUGCCCAUGGGCCCCCAACCUUUGUAAAGGACUCUGCAGUGGAAAAGGGACAUGCCAACCGCUCAGCCCUCACUCUGCCCCCUGGGUUAAGUAUCAGACUGUCGGGCAUCCCUGAGGCUGGGCUUGGAGUGUGGAACGAGGCGUCUCAUCUGCCUCUGGGCCUGCACUUUGGCCCCUACGAGGGCCAAAUCACAGAUGAUAAAGAUGCCGUCAACAGUGGAUACUCCUGGCUGAUCACCAAAGGGAGAAAGAGCUAUGAGUAUGUGGAUGGAAAGGACACUUCUUUAGCCAACUGGAUGAGGUAUGUGAACUGUGCCCGACACUAUGAGGAGCAGAACCUGGUGGCCUUCCAGUAUCAUGGGCAGAUCUUCUACAGAACCUGCCAGGUGAUCAGGCCUGGCUGUGAGCUGCUGGUCUGGUACGGGGACGAGUAUGGCGAGAAACUUGGCAUCAGGUGUGAAAGCAGGGGGAAGAGCAUGCUCGCGGCCGGGAGAGGAGACGCGCGGCAGCCAUGCAGGCGUCGGGUGGUGGCGCCGGUGGUGCAGAGGGCCGAGAUGACCAGCAGAGCUCCAGAACACCCGCUUGCCAGAGUGGUUCAGGCAGCGCUGAAGGUGAGGAUGUUCACCGGGCCCCAGAAGGCCGGGGUGUGUCUGGCGGAGGAAGAGCGGUGA